GGACGUUCCCACCCGGAAGUAGCUAAAUACUCGAGGACACGUUUUUUCUUUCUGUUUUGUUCAUGCAUUUUAGAACAACAUCUAAUAAUAAUACCGCAGUUUUACAGCAGAAUGCUGUAAACAGUUUUCAGCAUUGAUACAGUCAUUUAGCAGACUUCUAACACAGCAAAAGAUGGAUGCUAUGGAUUACCCCCUCCCUUUCUCCUCCCUGCGCCUUUUGGUCCCACCUCUACGGCUAUUGUCUGCAUUUAUGUGGCAGGUAGCGCAUCAGAGGGCCAUCAAGCACUAUGGAAAGUUAGAGGAGUUUGUGACAGUGGUUACACAAACUGUCCCAGAACUUAUAACUGACAGACAGAGGACAUUGCUUCUUCUGGCAUUAAGGGCAAGGUUGCAGCAAACAGUAUAUUUCAGGUUCAACACGAUUCUGCCGGACUUCUUCAGUUACACACAGGUAACUCUUCAGCUGUUUCAAGGUGAGCAUCCAGAAGACCUCAACAAAAUUAAGAUCCAUCUUGACAGAUUCUCAUCCUCUGGUCUUUCACAGAAUAAUGAUGCACAGAUGCAUGAGUUGGAAGAGAACUUCCUCAAGCUCACCAAAAACCUUCUUGAAGACCCAGUCGAGAGGAUCCAAUUCUUCAAGGCAGAUUUCCCUGUGGUGUAUGGCUGUGAUUUUGACAGAGCUUUGCAAGCACUUGUUUCUCAGUUCCUCUCCAGACUAGAAGAUCUGCUACCAGUGCCAGACCUUAAGCAGACUGCAUCCUGGCUCAGCGCUGUACCCUCUGCCUCGGAUGAGUGUCUGCAGUCUCUUUCUCACACAGAGGACCUGCAAUACCUGCUUCAGCACCACACAUGCUGUGGAAAGUUAGACAAACCAUUUCCCUCCUCGGCAGAAGACUGCAUCCUUGCUUCACUGUCCCUCCCUACCACAGUGGGAGUGUCAUAUACCUUUGACAGCAAAUUAGAUGUCUUGCCUAACUUGGAAGGCUCUACCCAUGUGAGCAGAGAGAUGGAAACUUUGUCAGACAGCAGAGAUUAUCAACAGGCAGAAUCAAGAGCACGUUUAGAGGGAAACCAGAACAGUAAAGAAGACCGAGUGUCUACCAUGGGUAGCGAUGAUGAUGAAUGCACAGAGAGAGGUGUGGAAGAGGAGAAUGAAAACACAAGUGCUAUGGGAAGGGUUAUUUCCGAAGCAAAGGACCAGAGGAGAUGUGAAGGGGCUGUUGGGGACCUGUGCGCUGCUGGAGCACCAGACCUCGCAGCCAACUCUCCAAUGGUCACCUCCAGUGUGGCUCAAAAACCCUCCAUAUUUCCCGCCCAACUUACACUCAAAAUCAAAGGGGACCACAGAGUCAAUUCCUCCAAGAGAUCUAGAAAGAGCCCAGAAGGGAGGAUGGCUGAGUCCAGUGUGAACUCUGAUACACCUCUGCUUGAAUCCUCACAGGAAACGACUGGUGCUGAAGAAUCAAGACCAUUUUCUCCAGACCAUGAUGACACAGAAGAGGAAAACAAAGAACCUGCUUCAGGGGAGUCUUCUCGGCUGUCUAGCUGCGCUCAACCACCACCUAGUGACGUAUCGCCAUCCUCGGAGACCCUUUCCAAAGCAUUGUCCACUGCACGGCGUAUUGCCAACAAGUGCUCCCAGUGUGGAAGGUGUUUUAUCUAUCCAUCUCAACUGGUUCAGCAUCAGCGAAUUCACACUGGAGAUCGACCCUACAAAUGCACCCAGUGCGGGAAGACUUUCAGUAAUUCAACUGGGCUUUCAAAACACCACCAAAAACACUGUCUAGACGCGACAUUCGAUUGCCCCAAGUGCGGAGAGAGUUUCAGAUCUCUCCGCGAGCGGUUCAAACACUUAUCUACUCACAAGUCCCUCAAAUGUCUGUUGUGUGGAAAGAGUUGCCAGACGACUUCUGAUUUGCGAAAGCACCAGCAAACACAUAGUGUGACGCCGUCGUUCAACUGCUCUCUCUGUGAAAAACGUUUCAAGUUCCUGUCGAGCCUAACCAGGCACAACAGGACCCAUUCAGUGGAGGGGGGGUAUGCUUGUUCCAAGUGUGGGAAAACAUUUGGAUCUUUAAGUGAACGGCUCCAACAUAAGAGGACACAUAGGGCACAGCUCAACUGUACGGAUUGCGGACGGAGUUGCAGUUCCCGCUCCGAACUAAAGAGUCACCAGCAAACUCACUCUCGUGAACCUCUCUUCAACUGUCGACACUGUGAAGACAAAUUCUUUGGGUCAGUUGAGCUGAAGAUCCACCAAAAAACUCAUGCAGUGGACAAACCCCAUCAGUGUGAUGCGUGUGGAAAGUGCUUUGGUGCCUUAGCCACACUUGUACUCCACCAACGGACACACACGGGGGAGAAACCCCACACAUGUCCUCGUUGUAAUAAGCAGUAUAUCUCCAAAAGUCAGCUGACGUCACACAUGCGGACUCACACGGGCGAGCGUCCAUACAGCUGCUCUUACUGUGGGAAGUGUUUCUCUCAGUUGGCUAAUCUUACUGUGCACACAAGGAUUCACACGGGGGAGAGACCUCACAUCUGCUCUCGGUGCAAGAAAGGGUUUUGCUCAGUCGGUGACCUGCAGAAGCAUGAGCGCUCUCACACCAAAGAGAAACCUUACAGGUGCACAGUUUGUGGAAAGGCCUUCACAGUGUCAAGUCAUUUGACGGUUCACAUACGCAGUCACACAGGAGAGCGCCCCUACACCUGCCCUGAGUGUGGAAAGAGUUUUGCGCAGAGCUCUGUCUUAACUAAACAUCAAUUCACUCAUACAGGAGAGAGGCCAUACCCAUGCCAUCACUGUGUAAAAAGUUACACCCGUCUCACACACUUGAAGAGACACCUACAAACACACACUUGAGAGAGUCCGGUGUGUUUUCCUGUUUUGGUUUCAUUCUGAAAAGCGUUACAUGGAUUGCUGUUUCACUGUCUGUCAAUGUCUUAUGCUGAAUAACGUCAAUGUAUAACUGAAAACCAUGCUCACCAUGCCUUUUUGUGAAACUGUAGUUUGUGUACAUUACUGCCAACAUGUACGGAAAAUAAACAUUUCAAAAUAUAAAAUAACCUCUUUCAAGUUACAGUAUGUGUCAUAGACAGUAUGUGUCAUGUCACUUUCUAGCUUGGGCCUGCUUCUCUCUGGACGUUUGUGGUUUGAGUCAGUUUAUUUUGAAUGUAACAAAAACUGAGAAGACAAUAUUUGAACUUUGAAAUACAACUGUAUUUUUUUUCUUUCUUCUAUGCAAAUGAAAGCUGUUACAGUAGGCUUAAUUUAUUAUAUUCUACCUUACCUAUUCUAUAUGUAAUAAGCAUUUGGCUUAAUUAAAAAUACACAAACAGGUGUGUACGUAAAUGUAAAUAUUGUUUUUAUUAAACUUUUAUAUAUUACCGUU